AAAAGAUACCUACAUACUCGACGUCGACCUGACACUAGCGAAAGAUUUCUUUUACAUUAGUGGGGAAAUGUUGUUAUUGGCCAUUGCCUGAUUGAUCGAUAAUUACUUCUGCUGUUUCGAUGGGGAAAAGCUGUCAGCACUCACAAUCAGCCUCACGCGCACACGAACCCCACCCUUGACACUAGUCCUUUGGCCCAAAAACACUCUUCCUAGGAAGAAAAGGCCUUGGUUGCACUUCGCGGAAGGCAUACCAUAGACGAAACUCAGUACGAACCAACAAUCUGGCCGUAAACUUCGUACCCGGACUCCAAAAUGGACAGUAUAUACUCUCUGUUCCGCCUCCCCCCACACGGAGAAGCCUUUCUAUCGAUAUUGACCCCGAGAGGAAGAUAUAACCGAGACAUCUAUCGCCGCAAGAAAGCAUAUUACCAUCACCAGCGACAACCUAAGUCUCUGCCAGAACAGCGACCCCGCGCGCUUAGUAUAGAUAUUGAAGUGCAAUCACAGCCGAACGCCAACUUAGUUUCCCAUAGUAGACUCCUACGCUUGCCAACCGAGAUUCGCCUUCUGAUAUGGGAAUACGCAGUUGGUGGGGACAUCAUUGCGUUGUAUAUGGAUGAUGGCAAACUUAGUCAUACUCUCGUGGACGCUUCGAAUUCGGUACAGCCAGCAGACGUAGAUAGAGGCAUUACUGCAGAAACGAUUCGAGAUGCCGUAGCUUCCAAAAAAUCUUCGCAGACCCCUACCUCAGAUUUCACAGCAUCUCCUCCCCAGAAGAAAUCGAAUGCGUUGGCCUUGUUACAAUGUUGUCGAUCGAUAUACUCCGAGGCGAUUGCUAUGUUAUACUCCCACAACACAUUCCUCUUCAUCCAAAAUGCUACGUUUAUUGCCUUACGAGAUACUAUCCUACCAGAACGCUUGAAAGCGCUUCGCUUCGUGCACCUCCAUUGGCAGCGCCAGCUCUUCUGCAACAGCAUAAGCUCAAGAUCUUACCCCUCUGUAUCCUGGAACUCGGAUCCCUCCGACCUUCUAUUUGAGAAGAGCAUAUGGGAUAUAGGUCAACUCCCGAAUCUCGUCCAUGUGUCCAUCUUUGUGCAAGGGGGUUCAAGGUCGAAUGAUAAGGCAUGGUGGCAGGUUGAGUUGAAAGAUUCAUGCAAAUAUAUUAUAAAGAACUGUUCGGAGUCGUUAAAGGGGCUUGUGUUGAGGCCUCCUUGGGCAUUCGGCCGUAUUGAGGAAUACUUUGUUAGAGAGGUAAACGCCUCCCAAUUUCAUGUAGCCAGGCCAGUAGCAGACGGGGACCGGGGGAGGGAGGAGUUUCCAGAUGCGGGUAUAGACAUCGAUGUCGGGUGGCGACAGGGUGUGUUUUCCUACCUGCUAUCUCGUAGUGAGAAGACAGACAGUAGCAAUUCUACUGUAGAUCUUGGAACAGUAGGAUAUACUGUAUGGACCCCAAUACCUUCAAGACUAAGGUAGUGUUAUCGAUCAUCCCUAUGGCAAGCAGAUCUAUGGAAUCACAGCAAGCGCUUUAUCACAAAGUGACCAACAGACUACGCACAAUAUUGGCUCCGGUCGAAUGGCAAUGGAUUCCCAAUUAACAAAUCUUGGUAUGGACUCGAUGUUGGAUGCUGAGGUAUGCGCUGUGUUGAUCAGAAAUCUCAGGUAGAAUGUUCCCCUGGCGGUGUUGCUACAAGAAAGCGUAAUUGUGAAAACAUUCGGCUUAUUUAUAGCUAUUCAGAUGAUAGAACUUAGGAAAUAGACUGUUACAGCCUGUGUUAGUUC